AUGGCUGGUGGAGGCGGCUCUGUCGGCGCAAAUGGCGCCGCAGGUCUCGCCGUGGUAGCCGCACCCAAGCCUACGGGGAUGGCGGCAUUCGUGCAGCAAUCCAUGGCGGUUCAGUUCCUCGUCGACCCGACCACGGCCGCGAUUCUCGGCUCGAGUAAAGGCGCGUCGCGAACACUGGGCCCCGCUAUCAAUGAUCAGACGUCUCUCCUCGAUAUCACCUUCCUCUCGCAAAACAAAUGGCGGCAUCUGAUUCGCCAGCUCAGUCGCGGGAAGGUGGAAAAGAUUCACCUGCCCGGGAUCAUUCGGGCCAAACAACCUCGAAUGUCCAUGCGAUUGUCCACGUCAUCAGCGGCCGCAGCUGCGUCGAUGGCAACUCCGAGGAGAUCAACGGCAGUUACUCCGAGAGGAUCCAGGCCGUCGUCAUCCGACCGUUCAUUUCAACAAACUGCAACGGCAGCGAUUGACCCAGCCGCGAGCCGCGCCACCAGCGAUUGGUUAGUCCCCGCAGGUCCGGCUAAUGGCGGCUUGGCCACCGGUAGUGGUAGAAACUCCGCUCGACCCAGCGAUGUCUUUAAAGUCGACUUACCGGAAAUCGACAUUCCUAAGACCAUCCCGACACCACCAUCAGUGCCAUCCAGUGGCAGUGGUGGCUCAAGUUCCACAGAUGCUGCCGCGCGGCGCGACUCUUCUGGUGCGGGUCGCGGAUCGUAUCCCCGCAGAAUACGGACUGCGUCGUUUGGUCGAGCGGGCUCCUGCAACGAAGCAAUCCCCGAGAAUGGUGGCAGCGCGAACGGCAGCGGGGACAGCGCCGGAACUGACGCUCCCGUCCCCGUCUGGGGCGCAGAACACGCGGCGAGUGCGUACAACGAAGGAGCCUCAAAAGAGGGCGCUUCGUCUGACGACCGGAUCCCUCGGAUAUUGCGUGCGUCUCCGAAAGCGUCGCAGAAGCUUCCGUCUUCGUCGUCCCUCCCGCCGCUUCUUCCGGCGACGGAUUCGACCGACAGCAGCAGCAGUGGACGAAGCAGCAGCAGCAGCGGCCGGCACGGCGGCCAGCACAGCGGCUCGAGCCCCUGGGACGGCGGCCUUGCCUCCCCGCCAACCCCCUCCCCGAACAGCAUCAUCGGGAACUGUCUUCCCGCCAUGAGCGGAACUCCCAACGCGGUUGGCUCAGGCCGACUGGGCGCAAAUCUGAUGAUUGCGCGCGCGCCCACUCCAGCUCUCCCCUCGCCGCCGGAAGCGGACGGAACGACGGCCAACAGCGCUGUUUCGCCCGUGCCCAGCGAAGGAGGCGGCGCAAGCGCGGGACGGCGGGGGGCUGCAAGGAUGAUGGCGAUCCGAGGACGGAAGACGGAGAAACGUGGGGGAAAAGGUGCAACGGGGAGCGAAUCUGGCGAACUGAGCUUGCAGGGUGCGCCGCAGCAGCAGCAGCAGCAGCAGCAGCAGGAGCGGAUGCAAAUCGACGGGGAACAGCGCGGAGAGCCAGCUCUGUCGGAAGGGUCGGCGGAAGGCGUUUUUAUGCACGCCGCCAAGCCCCCGCAGCAGAGGCCAGCGGGCCGGGGGAGGGAAUGGCGGAAAAAUCUGAAGAGUUUAUUUGGGUCAAAUUCGGUCAAGCGGAGAGGGGAAGUGGAGGAGGGGGGCAGUGUCAGAGGGGCGGGGAACACGACUGGCGGACUCGAAAUUGUGACGAAAGGGGAAGCGGAGGCGGCAGAUACGCGCAUGGAUGAGGAUUGUUCGCGGAGGGAGGAGGGGGAAAUGUCGGGGGGAGCUGAUUUUGUAACGAGGAUGAGUACAGCAGAGGUGGAUGAGUCCGGUGACUUUCGGCGAGUCACAGUGGAGCUACAGUUCUUUCAAUUUAACUCCUCCAAGGACCUUGUUGCGACAGUGCAAGUCCUCCAGUCUCACGCCGAGCAGCAGCGGGAGGUGCAGCAGGCACAGGCAGUGCUGCAGUUACAGAACUACGCUGGUCUGGGAACGGUUGUUCUGGAGGGUGUAUACGGUGUGGUAACCAGUUGUAACAGCAGCGCAACAACCAUUCUCGGAUUCCCAGAGCCGUACAUUAUGGGCCAGACGCUACAACACUUUGUAACGGAAGCUGAGAAGGCUACCUUUGCUGAGGAGUACAGCAAGGUGCAGCAGGGUGUGCAGGAGUGGACGCAGCAGGAGAUUCGCCUGAGGAAGAUUGAUCGAACCACAGUGGCAGUUCGGAUCACUAUGACUAGCCUCUCCACUUCUGCCUCGUCUGCCGCUGCCCCUUCUGCCGCUGCCCCUUCUGCUGCUGCUCCCUCCGCUGCUGCGCCUGCUGCCACCCCGCCUGCUGUUACUGCUGCCACUGUCGCUGGUGCUGCAACGGCUGCAGCCGCUGCAGCUGCUGCUGGUGCUCCCUGUGCAGCCGGUGCUGCUGCUGCCGGUGUUGCUUCUGCCGCUGCCGUUCCUGCCGCUGCUGCUGCUGGGGACACAGAGACGAGCAAUAUGAGCAGAACAAGCAGCCACGAGAGCGGGUCGAGUGGGAGCGAGGCGGGGAGAGCAGCAGUGAGAGAGCACACGGCCGUGCUGUGCAUGUUCCAAGACAUCAGCGCACAGAAGGCCCUGGAGCAACACAUGGAGAACUACCGAAUGAUGGUGGAGCACUUCCCAGCCGGCGCGGUGCUCAUAUCCCACGCGGGCGAGGAGGGUGAAACCAUCCUCGUUAACAGCACGCUCGAGGCCAUGCUGGGCUGCGAAAAGGGCUCCAUAGACAGCGUCGACAAGUGGUUCACUACACUCUACGCCGAAAAGGCGCGCCGCGCGCGGCAACUCCACGAGGCUCGGCGCGUGUCUGGGAGCAGCAAGGACGUGACGAACACGGUGCAGCAGAUUAAGAAGAAGGACGGGUCGAAGCUGGUGGUGGAUGUGACGACGUACCAGUUUGAUUUGGGGGAGAUGUGGCUCGUGAAUGAUAUCACGGAGAGCCGCAAGAACCAGUUCAAGUUCCGCAUGCUCUUCGAAUUGUCCUCGGAUCCCAAGCUGCUGCUGAACCAGGACGGGCGCGUGUUCGACUGCAACCAGUCCGCAAUCCGCAUUCUCAAGUGCGGCACAAAGGAGUCGCUCCUCGGGAAAACCCCCUGGGAGCUCUGCCGCCCGCAACAACCCUCAGGCCAGCGCUCCGCGUUCCUCAAGGCGGUUCUCGAAGAUCUCGCCGCCAGCAACAACGUCCCCGCGCCCGCAGGCUCGGCGGGAGGCUCGGGCGCGACGGUGCUAAGCGGCGCGUCGGCGGUCGGAGGGGAGAAGCGGUACCGAUUUGAUUGGCUGUUCGAGGAUGAGGAGGGGCAGGACGUACCGGUGGAGGUGCUAUGUAAGAUGGUGAAUUUCUUUGGCGAGCCGGUGUAUCUGAUGGUGUGGCACGACAUGGCGGAGGCAAGGAAACAGGAGGCGGAGCUGCGGCGCGCCAAGGCGGAGGCGGAGAAGGCGAGCAAGGCGAAGACGCAGUUUUUGGCGAAUAUGAGCCACGAGAUCCGCACGCCCAUGAACGGAAUCAUCGGCGUCGCUGAUCUGAUGCUCGCGACGCCGCUCUCUUCGGAACAAUGCUCGCUGCUCGAAACCCUAAGAUCCUCCUCCGAGGGCCUCCUACACAUCCUCUCCGACAUCCUCGAUUUAAGCAAGAUCGAGAACGAGAAGAUGGUCCUCGAUUUUAGCAACUGGCGGUUACGGGAGAACGUGAGCAACUGCGUCGCGCUGUUCCGCGGAUCCGCGCACGGGAAAAACAUCCGCAUUAAAGCGCGAGUCGAUAAGGACGUCCCUAUGGAGGUCUUCGGAGACUGCAUGCGCGUUCGUCAGGUGGUCACUAAUCUUCUAAGCAACGCGAUUAAGUUCACGUCGGCCGGGGGACACGUGUCGGUGCGCGUCAGCCUCGUGGAUCCGCACGCUCCGGGCUGCGGAAAGCGGCGCGAGUCCUUCUCGAGUUUGGAGCCGCUAAGAGAAAACUCGGGAAUGGAUAAGGUGGUGGUGCAGUUCGAAGUGAAAGACACGGGAAUCGGAAUUCCCCCCCACUCGCAGAAAAAUCUGUUUCAAGCCUUCAAUCAGGCUGACAACUCUACAUGUCGCCGAUUUGGUGGAACAGGCCUUGGCUUAGCUAUUUGCAAGGCACUUGUCAACUUAAUGGGCGGCGAACUUACCCUUUCAAGCGAAGAGGGAAAAGGGUCGUCCUUCUUCUUUACUGUGUGCCUUGGGGUUACAGAACCCGCUCCAAGUGACGCAGAGAGUGCAGGGGAAGAAAGCAUUGGCUUUGAGGACGAGGAGGAGGGAGAGGAAGAGGAGGAGUGGGAUGAGCUGGGCGAAGAGGAUGAAGAAGAGAUGGAGGGUGAUACGGACAUGGACGGAGAGGAAGGAGAGGGAAGCAUGUCGGAGAGUGAAACGGACGACGAAGACGAGCAUUGGGCGAGGCACUUGGUUCGGGCGGCGACCGAGAUCGCCAUUGGCCGGUCCCGGAAGUCCCGGUCUCGCAAGGGAGGGAACAAGGAAGCAACAACAACACACCGGGGCCAUGUGGAGAAACAUCAUUCCAUGGACUGCGACAGUGAUGCUACAUUUGACACUUCUCGGUCCCAAAUGACAACUCCUACCUCUUCCACUUCUUCUAGGUCCAUCUGGUCUGCUGGGAGUCGGAGACUCAACCGCAGCCCGACCCCUCGGCACAAGAAGUCCCUGCGCCGGGCAGAUUCAAAGGAGAUUUUUCUGCCCAUUGCCGUACCUGCCAAUACCAGCACCAGCAGCAGCACCACCAGCAGCAGCACUAGCAGUGCUGCGGUGACUUCAUCUGUGUGUCAAUCCCGGCUUCCUAACUCCUCAGCAGCAUCACCAGCAGCAUCACCAGCAGCUCCAGCCAUCCCUGCUUCACCCACUCUCACCUGGCCUCCCACCACUUCUGCCUCUUCUCCUGCUGAUCAACUCCCUUCUCCUCCUGCUCCUGCUCCUGCUUCAGCUGCCGCUGCUUCUGCUGCUCCCGCUGCUCCUGCUGCUCCUAGAUACCCACCUCCUCCCAGCCCUGCCGCCAUCUCUGCUGUGAGAAGCCUGUUCAGCAAGUCUAAAAGCGAUAAUUACUUGCUGAAACCGAGUGCAACGGAGGGGAAAUUCCUCACCCGCAGCAAGAGUAAACCCAGGAACCUAAACACCGCAGGCAGCAGCAGAGGGAGUGCUGACAGGAGUGCAGACAGCAACAGCAACAACAACAGCAGCGGCAACACCAACAGCAACAGCAGCGGUGGCAGCAGCAGCAGCAGCAGCAGCAGCAGCAGCAGAAGUAUCCACAGGGCCAGGAGCACAAAUAGCUUCACGGAGAGGUCUAGUGGCACUAGCGGCAGUAGCAGCAGCAGUGUUCGCAGGAGCAGCAGCACAGCCAACCUCAAGGAACUAACCAACGACAAGACAAACAGCAGCGGCAGCAGCAGCAGCACGAGCAGAAACGGCAGCAAUGGGCGACGAGUGUCGAUCGCCAUAGCUAAACCCUCCUCAUCCUUCACGUCUCACUCGUUACAAGACUGCUCCGGCCCUACCCCCCGAAGGUGCAAGACACAGGAGCGGCCUCCUCGCUCCCCUUGCUCCAAAUCUUCCCCAGCCAUCCCUCUCACCUCCCCCCUGGCCUCUGUGAAACGAACUGGCAGUGCCCACUCACUUGUCAAUGCCGGGAAAGGCGGAGGAGGGGGGCAUGGGCACGGGCACGGGCACGGGCACAAGAAAGUUUUUACGGACGAGCUGCCCGAGAAGCUGCCCGAGUGUGUGAAGUCGUGGAAGGUUCUGGUUGCGGAGGACAACACGGUGAACCAGAUGGUGGUUACCCGCAUGCUGAAGAACCUUGGGAUUGCCACGGAGGUGGCUGAGAAUGGGCUCAAGGCGCUGCACGCGUGCGAGAGCAACCACUACGACUUCAUCCUCAUGGACUGUCACAUGCCUGAGAUGGAUGGGCUAGAAGCCACGCGGCAGAUCCGUAAUGCAGAGCAGCUGCUGCCCAGCCGGCCGCCCAAGUUCAUCGCAGCGCUCACUGCCAGCGCGUUUGACUUCGAGAGAGAGGCGUGCUUCGCAGCUGGCAUGAACCACUUUCUCACGAAGCCGAUUCGGCCGAAAGACCUGGAGGACCUGGUGAUGAAGCUGGUGGAGAUGCGCAAGUGA